GCAAAAUUCUAGUGAACCACGGAACCUGUUUUUUAUCAGCACGAUCAGCACUGGAACGAGGCAAGCUGAUCCUCUCGCAGUUCACGCAGUUUAACUCUAGUCUAGUCUGUGCUUGGUUAGCGUUUAGUGAAGGGGACGAAUUAUUACAAAAGUUUUCAGUUUAUUAAGCACCUGAAAGCGUGCACAUCAUGAAGUAUCAUCCCAUCCCCGUUGGCUGGCGGCUGAUGGCGAUGGCCUUCAUCACCAUUAGCAUUAGCUCAGUUAAUGGUGCGGCGAUCAAGAAUCCACGAAUAAUCGUAAUCGGUGCCGGUGCUGCCGGUAUCGCUACCGCGAGCCGUCGCUAUCAGCGAGGUCUCAAAAACGUCACCAUCGUGGAAGCGUCGGACCGUAUCGGUGGCCGAGUGUACAGCGUUCCGUUCGCCGGUGGCGUUGUGGAGCUCGGUGCCCAGUGGUGCCAUGGCGAGGUAGACAACAUAGUGUACGACCUGGUUAGGGAGCAUCAUCCCGAGAUGCUUCAAUCUUCCGUCGUGGCCGACGGUGCGGCGGCUUUGGUGCAUUCUAAUGGGGAGCGUGUGCCUGACGCCACGGUGGAAAAGUUGUCCUUUUUGGCUGCGGAAAUCGUUGGCUCGGAUGCGCGCAAGUCUUACGCCGGCAGUUUGGGUGACUACUUUAGCGAAAGCUACUGGCGACGGUUGCAGUCCGAUGCGGCCAACUUUAGUGAUGUGAGCCGUGAGCUGGCGGAACAGUUCCUGGUGUACUACCAUAACUACGAGCGUGGAUACACGGCGUACGAUUCGUGGUUCGAGGUGGCAGCGAACGAGACGGAUAGUUACCAGGAAUCGGAAGGGAAUCCGGUGCUGGCCUGGAACAGCAAGAAAGGCUACUCCAUUAUCCUGGACAUUGUGUCGGGCAACUAUCCGGGAACAACGGACAGCACUCGAACGCCCGUGCCCUUAGAGCAACUGAUCGAGUUCGACAAGUUCGUAACAAACAUUGAAUGGGCUGGAGGGUCCGACCAUCCUCACCAGCACGUCGUUCGCCUGCACACCGAAGAUGGUUCCGUGUACGAAGCCGACCACGUCGUUGUGACGGUGCCACUGGGAAUACUGAAAGAAAACCAUCGCUCAAUGUUCACCCCAUCGCUGCCGGCCAUAAAUCGACGCGCCAUCAGCGGAAUACACUUCGGCACGGUCAACAAAAUAUAUCUCCAGUUUGAUAGACCAAUCCCGCCCGAAGUUCCCAACACGAUUUCACUGCUCUGGUACGAAUCGGACCUAGAAGCGAUCCGAAGUUCAGAACACGGUUGGACGGAGGCGGUGUCGACCUUCUUCCGCGUUGAUCAUCAACCGAACGUACUGGCGGCAUGGCUGAAUGGGGUCGAGGGACGUCAAGCAGAGCACCUAACGGAGGAAGCUAUUCGCGAAGGUUUGCUGCGUCUGUUGAGUAUGUUUGCCAAAAACGUAGACUUCGGCAAGGUGGUAAAUGUGCGAAGAUCCAAAUGGUCAACCAAUCGUCUAUUCCGUGGAUCGUACUCCAGUCGCUCGAUGAAGACCGAACAGCUAGGCACCGGGGCCCGAUAUCUUGCCAGCCCUGUGAUGAGUGCCAGCACCAAGAAACCGGUGGUAUUGUUUGCAGGGGAAGCUACUAGCCGGUACCGGUUCUCCACGGUUCAUGGCGCUAUCGAGAGCGGAUUUCGUGAAGCUGAUCGUUUGCUCGAUCUGUAUCAGUCGUGGACCCGUGAGCAAACAAACAUUCGCUACUCCUGUUCCCCCCCCCCCCCCCCUUUUUCCGACUACAAAAACUGGCCAUUGUGUGAGAACAGUCGCCCAAAAACGUUUAUAUAUGGUCCAGCUGCUUCAGCACAAGAUCAUUUGCGUGUUUGCCGAAACACGCGUCGCGGCUCAAACUUAACGAGCUCCAGUAUGAGGCGGUGUACUUCUUCACUGAUCGGAUUGCUUACCUGGCUCGUCCUGGCGGCGUACGUGCAUGGAGCGGCCAAUCCUCGGAUAAUCAUUGUCGGUGCCGGUGCGGCCGGUAUUGCCGCCGCCAGCCGGCUCUAUCAGAGGGGCUUCAAGAACAUUACCAUUCUGGAAGCGUCACAGCGGUUCGGGGGCCGCAUCCGCACGACACCGUUCGGUGGUGGCAUUGUGGAGCUCGGUGCUCAAUGGUGCCACGGUGAGCAGGGUAAUGUGGUGUACCAGCUGGCUUCGGUCUAUCCCGGGCUGCUCAAGUCUUCCAUCAUUGCCGACGAGGAUGCGGUGCUGAUCCGUUCGAGCGGUGUACGAGUGGCGGAAUCGGUCGCGGAACGGUUGCAAACCAUGGCGGAGGGCAUCAUCGAGUCGGAAGGGCGGGAUUCGUUUGGCGGCAGCUUGGGCGAGUACUUCACUCGGCAGUACUGGCAAAAGCUGGCCACACCCGCGUUCAAGGACAUUAGCCGUGAGCUGGCGGAACAGUUCCUGGUGUACUAUCACAACUACGAGCGUGGUUACACGGCGUACGAUACGUGGUUUGAGGUGGCAGCGAGCGAAACGGACAGCUAUGUGGAACCGGCCGGCAAUCAGGACAUUGCCUGGAACGGAAGGAAAGGCUUCUCCGCCAUUCUGGACAUUGUUUCGGGCAAACAACCGGGAACUACCAACAGGUCGCUCACACCGGUGCCACUCGGCAAGCUCAUCACGUACGGCAAGUUCGUCACGAACGUGCAGUGGAAGGGAUCGUCCGACGGUGAUGUGAUCGUCAAAGCGCAGGAUGGGUCCGUGUACGAAGCGGACAACGUCAUCGUAACCGUUUCGCUGGGCGUACUGAAGGAGAACUACCGGACGAUGUUCACGCCGGCCCUGCCCACCGUCAACCAGGACGCCAUCAACGGGCUGUACUUCGGCACGGUCAACAAGAUAUUCGUCCUGUUCGAUGCACCGAUACCGGCCGAUUUCCCCAACACCGUCCAUCUGCUGUGGUACAAGCCGGAUCUGACCGCGCUGCGUCAGUCGCCGCAUGCAUGGGCCGAAGCCGUGUCCACCUUCUUCCGCAUCGACAAUCAACCGAACGUGCUGAUGGCCUGGCUGAAUGGGGCCGAAGGGCGGCGGGCCGAGUAUCUGCGGGAUGCACCGAUCAGGGAUGGCAUUUUGCAUUUGCUGAAAAUAUUCGGCAAAAAUCUCAAGUUCGGUAACGUGCUGGGUCUUUUAAGAUCGAAAUGGUCAUCGGACCGGCUGUACCGUGGUUCGUACUCCAGCCGUUCGAUCACUACGGAGAACAUGAACACGGGUGCACGAGCGCUUGGGACACCGGUGCGGAAUGCGGCCAACGAACCGGUCCUAUUGUUUGCCGGCGAAGCCACCAAUCCGGUACACUAUUCCACCGUUCACGGUGCGAUUGACAGUGGGUUCCGGGAGGCCAAUCGGUUGAUCCGCUACUACAGACAGGUGCCGGCGGCAAACUAUUUUCAUUCAUACUUGUUUGUUGCUAAGCACGGUCCAACGCUGCGUCCGCCAAUUUCGAUGAGCCAAUCCGUCCCGAGAGUGUUAAUAGUGGGAGCCGGUGCAGCUGGCAUUGCCGCUGCCACUCGGCUGCUUGAGCGAGGAUUCCGAAAUCUGACGAUCCUGGAAGCGGAAAACCGCAUCGGUGGGCGAAUCCAUUCCGUGAGGCGUGGACCGAACGUGCUAGACUAUGGAGCUCAAUGGGUACACGGGAAGGACAACAAUUUCAUCUACGAUAUGGCGUCCCAGUACGGGCUGCUCGAGAUCGAGCAGCACAAGGAGAAUGAGCUGUACUACAAAUCUAGUGGCGAACCCGUGCCAAAGGAAGCGUCCGAUCGGGUGAUCGAUACCCUGUACACGCUGCUAGAAGAUACGGCCGCUUUGCAAGCAUUUUCCGGAUCGCUGGGAGCGUACUACGAUCAGGUAUUCUUCGAUGCUGUCCGGGCCGGGAAGUUUGCCGGUAUCGACCAAAGCACCUGCCACCAGCUGUACCAGUUCUUCGUCAAGUACCACAACACCUACAACGCAACGGACACACUGCACGAGGUGUCCGGCGCCGGUUUGCUGGAGUUUGAAGACAAUCAGGACGAGUUUCUGAUCAAUUGGAAAAAUCGUGGAUUUCACACACUGCUCGAUCUGCUCAUGCGAAAACUUCCUGAGCAGCAGAACCCGGGCGCCGCACCUAUCCCGGUGGAAGAGUACACAAAGUUCAACCAUGUCGUCAGUUCCAUUAAAUGGAGCAACCUGAACAAUCCCCACAGCCGGGUGCGGGUGGCGUGUACCAACGGUGCCACGUUCACUGCCACCCAUCUCAUACUCACCGUGUCGCUCGGUGUACUGCAGGACAGGCACGGUGCGUGGUUCGAUCCGCCACUGCCCGAACCGAAGCGUAACGCCAUCGACGGCCUCUACAUCGGAACGAUCGACAAGAUGUUUCUCGAGUUUGCCGAACCCUUCUGGCCGCAGGACAACAGCUGGCACGGGUUCGGUUUGCUGUGGGAACCGAACGAUCUCGAACAGUUGCGGCGCCACGAUGGCCGCCAGUGGUUGGAGGGUGUGUGCGCCUUCUUCGUUCCGGACCGUACGGAAAAGCUGCUGGCGGCUUGGAUCUAUGGGCGGGAUGCGCGCACAAUGGAAGCGCUGCCGGAGCAGGCGGUCAUCGACGGGUUGAUGUACUUGUUGCACAAAUUCUUGCCCCACCUCCCGGUGCCAGCCGCUCCACGCUGGUUCUCCCGCAGCCGUUGGUACAGCAAUCCACACUUUCGCGGUUCGUACAGCAGUCGAUCGGUGAAGUCGGAUGCGAUGCGGGCAACGGCGGCCGACCUGGCCGAACCACUGCUGCUGGAGAGUGCCGAACCGCGGAACCGCAUCCCGGUGGUCCAGUUCGCAGGGGAAGCUUCACAUCCACAGUUCUACUCCACCGUGCAGGGUGCCGUUGCGAGCGGCUGGCGUGAAGCGGAUCGUUUGAUCAACCUCUACCGCAGCACCACAACACCCGGCGACGGAGUUGCGCCACCGUUGGGGAAGCUGUAGGAGGCCCGUUCUUCGGAGCUGGUAAAGCCGUCUCGGUUUAUCGGUAGAGUUUCGUUUGUUUUAAAGUUUUAUUGAAGACAUUUUCUCGUUUUACUCAAAUAGUGUUCGGUCUCUUGGCCGCCCUUCCCUUCGCAGCAGUUCAGCUACGAUACACAAAUCUCAUCGUAGAUGAGGCGCGGCGGGUUUUUAUGCUUUUGCCCUCUGGGUUUUCUUUUUCUUUUCUUUUGAAGCCCAUUUCGCUCUCACUAAACAUACAGGGUGGUGUGUAUUUGCAUCUGUGUCUGGGUGUGUGUGUGUGUGUUCUUGCUUUCUAACCGUCCGUUCGAAUCAAGACGAUAGAGGAUGGUUCGUUCUGUUUACAAUCUAAACGUCUGAUCAUGGGAUGAUGAGACUAAAGACGUUCGAUCCUUACACACACACACACACGCACGCACACAUACGCCAUUCGAACAUUCUUCUAUAACAAUCAGGGUGCGUCGGGUUUGAGGAGGGAUUGAGUGAGGGAGGGUAGGAAGAUUGUUGGGAGGAGGGAUGGGGAACGGCCACUUCUUAUUGCGAGAGCUUUUCUUUUCCUUUUUACACAGUUAUUCAUUAAAAAAAAACGUAUCAUUUCCUUUCUUACGCACUGUACUGAGAGUCUAAUGUGUUUGCUUACUUAAAUCGGGCGAAGAAAGGUGCAAUGUGUGACACACUCGCGGCAGCAGCAGCACACACACACCUUCUUUCUUCUCUGUCGCAUCAUUUCGCCAGCAUCUUAAAGCCUAAUUCUUUUUAACCAAAUUGUACCAUGCUUUCAUCCUGCGUCAUUUUUUCCUUUUUUUUUGGUUGCUUAACUUGCCUUUUCGGGGCCUCGGCCAGAGAGACGGACCCCACUUGUUUGUCCGUUGUUUUAUUUCUUUUUGGCCAACAAUUCGCUUCUAUAUACUAUCUUAAUCUCGUGCUGAUUUUUUCCCCCAAUAUUCUAUCCCCAAAAAAAGAAACCAAUCCGCUUUAAGGGUCGGCAGCAAGACGGGGGGGUCGUGAACGCGGGAAAAUAAAUUCAAUAUGAGGAGAGAAGAAAGGGAGACUGGAUUUCAAAUGUAAAAGAGCUAAUGUUAAGUGCUACGCCUACCACCUUACACACCACCAAACCGGCUAAAGCAAGAAGAAGAAAUAAAAGAAUGGAUUCAUUUUUCGGAA